UCAAGAGAAGCGCUGGAGAGUUCCUGAAUGAAUGCUCGGCGCCGUUCCUGUCAGAAGUAGCAAACCCAAAACGAUCAAAUCAAUCAAUCAAAGAAACUAAAAUAAUCCGAACAAAACCAAUAGACUGGAGGGAGUGGUGGUGCCGUGACGGAGAGUCGUGGAGGCGGAAAGCUGAUGGUCCCCCGCAUUGGGAUGUGGGUCCCUGAUCAAUCUAGUAAGCCAUCGCUAAACCUUUCGUCCCUUUGGCUACACCUUUCCGUUUUUAGAAAUGGCCCUCACCUUCUCCGUUCGCUCCCUCCUUUUAGGCUCCUUCUUCUGCUCUUGCUUUCUUAUUGCUCCGUUUUACAUCAGGAAGAAAGGAAAAGAAAGAUCUGGGGAAGAGAGAUCAUGGCGAGGGGUAAGAUCCAGAUCAAGAGGAUAGAGAACGAGACCAACAGGCAGGUCACGUACUCCAAAAGGCGGAAAGGUCUAUUCAAGAAGGCCCACGAGCUCACCGUUCUCUGCGAUGCCAAGAUUUCGCUUAUAAUGAUCUCUAGCAAUAAGAAGCUCCGUGAUUAUGUUAGCCCUUCCACCACAACGAAGCAAAUAUUCGAUGAGUACCAGCACAUCAUGGGCGUCGAUCUUUGGAGUUCGCACUAUGAGAGAAUGCAAGAAGAACUGAAGAAGUUCAAGGACGUGAAUAGGAGUCUAACAAGGGAGAUAAGGCAUAGGAGGGGUGAAUCUCUGAUGGAUCUGAAUUUGGAGGAACUGUGUCGUCUCGAGCAGAACGUAGAAAGUGCUGUCAAGGUUAUUCGCGACCGCAAGUACCACGUGAUCGACAAAAAGACUAGCAUUCUCAAGAAAAAGAAAAAGAGGGCAGAAAGCAUACAUAAAGUUCUUCUACAUGAACUUGUUGCAAGAGAUGAAGAUCCAUACGGGUUAGUUGAUAAUGGAGGAGGAGAUUAUUGUGAUCCUGAUAUAAUUGGAUGCUCAAAUACAGAUUCUUGCAUGUUUGCUUUACGCCUGCAACCUAAUUUUCAUAUGGGAGAGGGGUCAGAUCUCACAACUUAAACCUUGCUUGAGUAGCACCUGAGGUCCCGCGAAUUGAAAUCCCAGAGUUCAGUUACCAGUUCAUUUUAAAUCGAAGUUAUUUGUAGUGCCAGUACUGUUUAAGGUUUGGGUUCAACUUUAAGUAGCUUCAGAAUUAUUGUUUCUCGCCUACUUGUUAUGAUAGAAUAUGCAGUGGACUUAUUUGCUAUCUGAUUGAUAGUGUAUGCUUCAAAUUCUUUA